AUGAGCGCAAAUAAGGCUCUCAUAGUCGGCAUCUCGGGGUGCUCCUCAAGUGGGAAAACGACCCUGGCGCGGCUGCUGCGGGACAUUUUCCCCAAUACUUUCAUUCUUCACGAGGAUGACUUUUAUAGACCUGAGAAUGAGCUACCGACCAAAAAUGGUCUCUUAGACUGGGACUGUGCUGAGGCCCUCGACAUCCCGGCCAUGGCCGAGUCCCUCGCUUAUAUCCGCCAACACGCUGCCUUUCCUCCUACCCUUGACUCCAAGGAAGAUAAAAACUCCGUGGGCAAGUGCCCCGUAUCAGAAGCCAGCAUCGCCGCUCAACGUGCCAAAGUCGAUGCCGCUCUAGGCCCAGACCAUCCCCUCCGCAAAAGUCUCCGUCUAUGUCUCCUCGAUGGCUUUCUUCUCUACUCCCCUUCUAUGGCUGCCAUUAAGCCCAACUUGGACAUCAAACUCUUUCUGCGUACAACAUAUGAGAAGGCUAAGAAGAGAAGAGAAGCCAGAGACGGAUACGUCACCCUGGAGGGCUUCUGGGCAGAUCCUCCUGGUUACGUUGAUAAGAUUGUAUGGCCCAACUAUGUAGAAGAGCACGCUUGGAUGUUCGAGGAUGGUGACGUAGAGGGUAAGUUCAAGACGGAUGUUUUGGAUAAGGACGGUAUCAAGGUACAGGGUGAUGUGAGUGCUGAUGGAGAUAUCGAGAAGACAUUUGAGUGGACAGUAGACACAAUCUUGGAAGAACUUGGAAAGCAAGUAUAG